CGCCGGUGACGUAUGCGGGCGCGCCGGGCCGCGUGGAGGUGCUUCGGCGGAUGGAGGUCAGCGAGGGUGGUCGCUGCGCUCGUCUCGCGUCGGCCGUGGAGAGACUGGAUUACUGACGGAACAAGACUGGGCAGAAUUGUUGAAAGAGGCUUGGAUAUGUAGCGUGUUCUCGAUGAAGGACUUUGGAAUCACUUGCUAGGAGUCCUCCCACCCUCCCUCCCUGGGCAUCAUGGCUGUUCGCCUGAUGAAAAGGUGCACGUGCCUGCUGAGGGAAGCUACCCGCCUAGUCCCCACCAUUGCUCCAGUUGGCCGAGUGAGACUUGCUGGGGUGGCAUGUAAGACUUUGACCUCCUCAGUCAGUUCCCCAUCCUCGGGUUCCUUGACAGAGCUGUUGGGAAAAGAGCAAGUGUUUACUCCCUACCCAAAGCACCAAGAGGUAGACUGCCUUAUUGAGAAAGCCACCAGGCCAGAGGAGCUGCUGGAACUGCUAGGUGGCGGUCAUAGGCUGCACCACAAUCACGCAGCUGUCAUACUCAUCCGGCUGUCUUAUCUGCUGUCUGAGAAGCCAAAGGAGAAGGCCUUGCUUGUAGAGGAUGCUCGCUUUCAGGAACUUCUCAGUCGGGUUGACAGUCAGGUAGCUUCGAUCUGGCACGGGACCCUCGUGAAGCUGCUGAGGAGCAUGUAUACACUAAUGGUUCCUCAGACCUCCAAGGAACUGCAGUCCGUGGAACAGGAAGUGCGCUGGCGUCUGCGGAGGCUCAAGUACAAGCACUUGGUGUUCCUGGUUGAGUCCUGUGCCUCCUACAUGCGGGAGCAGCACUCCCAGGACCUGCUGGCUGAGCUGCUGAUGCAUCUGGAGAGGCGUUGGACAGAGAUUGGUGACAGCCGGACAGUGGUGACCAUGAUGAUGAAGGCAGGGCACCUCUCAGAGUCGCUGAUGAACCGCCUGGAAGACAAGUGCCUGGAGCUGGUGGAGCAGUUUGGCCCUGAUGAGCUGCGGAAGGUGUUAGUGACGCUGGCAGCACAGAGCCGGCGGUCGGUGCCCCUGCUGCGGGCCAUCUCCUACCACCUGGUACAGAAGCCCUUCCCACUGACGAAAGGCAUGCUCCUGGACCUGGCCUAUGCCUAUGGUAAACUCAAUUUCCACCAGACCCAAGUGUCCCAGCGCCUGGCUGCUGACCUCCUGCCCUUCGUUCCCAGCAUGACAUUUGGUGAGGUGGCCCGCUGCGCCAAGUCCUUUGCCUUGCUCAAGUGGUUGAACCUGCCCUUGUUUGAAGCCUUUACUCAGCACCUCCUGAGCAGAGUCCAGGACGUCUCCCUGUCCCACGUGAGCAGCAUUCUUCUCGCUUUCGCCCGCCUCAACUUUCGUCCUGAGCAAGAAGAUGAGUUCUUCAACUUGGUGCAUGAGAAGCUGGACUCUGUCCUGGGGAGCCUGGAGCCAACCCUGCAGGUGGACCUAGUGUGGGCACUCUGUGUGCUGCAGCAGGUUCGAGAAGCAGAGCUACAAACAGUUCUCCAUCCUGGACUUCACACACAAUUUCUAGGGAGCAAGUCUCCAAAGGACCAGAGUACUUUCCAGAAGUUGGUCCACAUCAACACCACCGCCCUGCUGGAGCACCCUGAAUAUAAAGGCCCCUUCCUGCCAGCCUCGACUGUAUCCCUCAGUCCCUCAUCCAUUAGCAAGCAGAUGACACCUCUACAGAAGGAGCUGCAGGAGACUCUGAAGGCGCUGCUGGGGAGCACUGACCAGGGCAGCCUGGAGGUGGUCACCCAGUAUGGCUGGGUGCUGGAUGCAGAGGUGCUCCUGGAUGCAGAUGGCCACUUUCUGCCCCUGAGAGAUUUUGUUGCUCCUCACCUUGCCCAGCCAGUCGGGAACCAGCCACUGCCCCCAGGAGCUAAGAGGAUCGCUUUCCUGCGCUGGGAGUUCCCUAACUUCAACAGCCGAAGCAAGGACUUGUUGGGCCGUUUUGUCCUGGCCCGUCGACAUGUGCUGGCUGCAGGCUUCCUGGUAGUAGAUGUCCCAUAUUAUGAGUGGCUGGAUCUCAAGUCUGGAUGGCAGAAAGGUGCCUACCUCAAGGACAAGAUGCGCAAAGCGGUGGCUGAGGAGCUAGCCAAGUGACGGCUCGCACCACUUCAGACUGCUUCCAGUGACCCAGUGAGUGCUGGGCAAGCCGGCGUUGUAGCCCUUCCCAGAAUGAACCAUCCCUAUAGGACCUUGGUCAGAGCAGUGGAUGGCCAGCAGCUCCAAGGGACAGGUGGCCCUAAUAAAUCUUGGUGGACGUCAGGUGCCUUCCUAGGCUCUGUAUUUAUUGCCUCCAUUUUGAACACGCAGCCCCUGGCUCUUCAGGAUUCUACCCAGUGUCCUCUCCUCCCCCAAUAGUGCCUGUGUGAUGCAGCACAGCAGAGGAGGGCUGACCCCAGACAGAGCCUGGGGCUUGAUAGGGAGGGUCCUAGACACUUGGAUUCUAGAGUGAGGAGCUUGCCACGAAACUAGACUUGUUGGUUCUGAGAGGUUCCCUCCUGUGCCCCUGUGACUAGUGUCUCAUGGUGACAGAUGGUGUGGAGGCAUUGGGAAAAAGGAAAAGUCCGCUUGGCUGAGACCACAAGAUCCAUAGCCAGACUCUGACUCUCAUGACUGACUACCUUAACCACAGCCAACUCAGGAGCCACCAGCUCACGAUGGAGGCCUGAGCCCUUGAUGCUGUGAAGAGCAGCGGAGUGUCUGCAGGAGAUCCCACAGACAAGGCUUGCCCAGAGAGUUGGAGUCUUAAGACAAAGGAGGCUCUUACCCUAUUCUGUACAUACCUCCCAAAGCAUCAGUCUGAGCCCUCUGGCUUGACUCUUGUGUUAUCCUGCACACUCCUGCUGUUACCACGGAGGUGAAGGGGAUGAGCGGGCUUGAGGAAAGGAGUAGCUGACCACAGCUUGUCUGAGCUGACAUAUAAUGCUGACAAGCCAGGUGGGGUGGCUUCUUGGCAUGUGAGGAAAUAAAGGUUUGUCCUGCUUA